GAAUUCAUUUGAAUUGUUGAGAAAUAACAAUAAUAAAUAUGAAAUUAAAACUAAACUUCAUAGUAUAAAUGACUCAGCGUUGAAGCAAUUAGUUUCGAAUAUAAUCAAAGAGAAACAAUAGGCGCUAAGAAUAGCGCGCACAUCCGAUUUAGCGUAUGUAUCGCGAGUAAAGGUCAGCGCAUUCGACACCCGGCUAGCGCAGCCUUGACCGCAAAACGGUUGCGCUCACCCGCAUUUCGAUCGUUUCCCAAUGCUGGGAAUCUAACUAAAACGAUUCAUAUUUCAUAAGAGCCGCUUCUUACGACACGCGACGGCCGCCGGCGGCGCGGUGCAGUGCGUUGCGGCUCCGAUAAGCAUUGCAUUGAACACACGAGUGUCGGACCGCGCGCCGACGGCACGGUAUCACUGCCGAAUCGAUGCGAAUACGACGUGCGUAACGCGAGCGCUUGAAAUACAAACAUGGUCUAAUCCAAAAUGGCAUUAUCUGGAGUGUCAACCCUGGCCACGUACGUCGCCGCGUGGCCGCCGCCCGGCCCGCUGCAUAGCUCCUUCCAGUUCCACCACCAGGGUUCAAACUUCGCCAUAUUCGUGAUAUUCUUCGCCCUGUGCAUGAUGGAGGUGGUAGUGCUGAAGAUAAUCACGGAGGAGCAGAGAGACCAGGGCUCAAGGAGUGUAACUUCCAUGUGGUUCGACAUGGAUGAAGACUGAAUGACGAAAGUGCUGUGUGUUGCAAGUGAACAUUAAAAUAUGUCACAAUCGACUCUCGUCGAUAACUUCUGCAACAAUUUCGUUAUAAGCAAAUAUGGAAAGUGUUAAACACGAAGGACUGAUGUAAAUAAUUAAUUGGUAAACAUGUUCGUGUAAAUGAGUACAAAAUUAUUAAUUUUAGGCAAAAUAAUUUAAGAUGGUAGUCAUUUUUGAAAUAAAAUAUAUUUUAAAAUUAAAAAAUUAUAAAAAAUUAUAAUUACAAAACUAAAAUAUUAUAAUGGGACACAAUGAAAACAAAAUAACAAUAUUAAAAUCAUGAGUAAUGCAAGGAAAAAACAGCUUAUAUCUUUUUUGUGCUGCUAUCCAGUCGUAAAUAAUUUUUUUCGUUACUUUUACAAUGGAACAUCAACAUAGUGUAUUAUCAUUAAAUUUCAAAUGAAUUUAAAGUUUAAUUGAAAUUUUUAUUUCAUAUUUUUUGUAAAACACAGUUUAAAAAUGUUUGCGUCUGUUUAACCUAAAACCUAUCCGCAUUUAAAUGUAUUUAUAAACAUACAUUUUAAAUGUAAACAAUCAAUUUCAUAAUAAAAUAAUAUUUACAUUAUUGUAAAUGAUAUUACCAAUAACUUUGUUUGAAAUAGAUAAUUAUAUUUUGUUAUUAAAUUGUUUAAUAUUUAAUUGUUUACGAAAACAUUGUUUGAAAUAUAUUUUGUACGUGAUGUUUUAUCUUUUUAUUUAAACUAGUGGUCACCCGUGACUUCGACAGCGCAGGAUUAAAAAUAAGUUACCUAAUAAUAUGCUGGCUUGCAUCAGCUGCUUUCCAGCCCAAGUCCCGUCAAAAUCGGUCCAGUUAUUCCGGAGAUUAUAGGGAAAAAACGCGGCCAUACAGACUUACAAACAGAAAAAAACUUUAUCAAAUUGGUUUAUCAAAUAUAUCAUGUGUACGAAAUAUGUUUUUUUUUUG